UAGCACGCAGUGAAUGUCCCAAGGUGUAAUUUCUGUGUUAAGACCAUUAGAAACAAGCAAUCGUGGAUGUUUCUUAGUUAAUCGAUUGAAUUGAAUUCAAGUACAGUAUUUUUGAGGCGGUAUCUCGUCUUCAAAGCGUUCUACGAGCGAUGAUAGUCGACGCAAGUCGCUAAGUUAGCAGCGAACGACCUCCCACUGUGUGGAACGGUGCGAUCCUUCGUCGAGAGCAGAAACCAGCAGGUGACCACGUUGGAUCUCGCGGCGUUGACUGCCUACGGGGGCGUUUCGGGACCCAGGGUCGCGGUGGCGGGCACCGGGGUCCUUGCGCUGCCCCGCUUGAUACCCGACAAGGGUUUAUCAUCGCCCGGAGGCCAGUCGAAGUCAAAGUCCGCAGGGCUGGCGGGUCUCGACAGCGAGGCGGUGCGCCGGUGGGUCGCGGAGGCCUCGCGAACCGUCCGGCAGUUCCCGCAUCCGGUGGUCGUGCCUGUGAGUUCUCCGCAACAUCAGCAGCAGCAGCAGCAGCAACAUCAUCGUCAGCCACAACAGCAGCAUCAGCACCACCAUCAUACUACCCACAGGCAACGUCAGGAACCCAGCCCACCGUCGGUGGGACUAUCCCCCUUCGUUCUACCAGUAUCGAUGACGCAAACUCCCAGUAUGCGUCUGCUGGAAAAUAACAACUUGGUCGAAGUUGCCAUGGCCCAGCAGCAACAACAACAGUCCCAGCAGGCGACACAGAAGCAGAAGCAGACAAGUCCCACAAAUAAUAACACCAUAGAAGCUUGGAGAUCGAUUCAAGGCGGGCAUCAGUGGUGGAGUCCGCCCAGUAGUAUUCAACAGGAACAGCAGCAGCAACAGCAAGUACCGUCGAUCGCACAGGUUUCUCAACCGCAAAGUCUGGUGGCCGGAUCGGUAUGUGGUCAGGUGCAGAAGCAUCAGCCGCAAGUGCAAUCGGAAAUCGAUCAGCCGCUCGACUUCUCUGUUGGCUCUUUGCAGCAGCAGAGGCUGCAUUCGCGCGUGAGGACUAUGCACGAGAGACUUCAGGGUAGGAUGCAUGACAACAACAACGGAACGAGCGGCCAGAAAAUCACCAGGGGAGACGUUAGCAGGCGAAGCUAUAGCCCCAGUGAAGCUAGUACUAGCAGCAGCGAAGACGAGGGUGUCUCUACCGGCGGCAGUCCUACGGGACCUCUUCGAGGUGCUUCGGAUUCGUGCGAACCCGUUGCGGAGCGACCUUACGGUAAAGUCUGGAUAGGCGACAAUGAUGUCUCGUGGCGAACAGACCAGUCUUUCAAGAGGACAUCACCCUUAAAUCCCUGUGCCACAACGACUACCACGACGACGACAAGCGGUGGACCACUGACACAUCCCCACCUGUCGCCACCCGUAGCUGCCCCUGUUACCACCCCCGAUCACAGAAGCCCCAGUAGCAUGCAUGCGAAGCUUGGCAUCUCACCCGGUAGCGACGCGCUCGGCCGAAUCGAUAAGGAGCCAACCUCGCCGGAAUCCAUACAAGAUGCAGACUUGCAUGGGGAUGUCGAUGGUCCUGAACUUAGCGGAGAUGACAGGAGUAUCGCAAGUGACAUCCAAGAUGCUACCGAGGCGCAUCUUGAUAAUGACUCCAUGGACUCGGACAGGGAAGCUCUCAAUCUGGUCACAGAUGUCUCGCAACGCAACAGCAGCAGCGGUACUAGUGGCAGCGCGUCCUCGCCGAGUUCCGGAAUCAGCAGCCAGCUCACCGGCAGUCACCAGCAGCAACACACGUCUGGCCAACAAAACAAUAGCAAUUCUGCGCUGGCGACUGCUCAAUUGCUCAGCCAGCAAUUGCUGAUGCAUGGUGCAUUAGGGACUCAGGAUCUCCAAGCGCUCGCUUCGACGUUGCAACAUCAUCAACUACAAUCGCUACAACAACAACUGCAACAAUUCGCCAUGUUUCAGGCCAAUCCAGCAGCGGGACAGCUUCCGCCGUUCUUCUUGCAAAAUCAGGGGCUGUUGCAGAGCGGUGGCUACCCGACAAGACCGAGUCAUCCGCGCUCACAGUCCAUGCAGGUGCAAGCGGCAGCGCAGUUGCUACAGAAGCAGCAAGUUCUUCAAAAUAGCGGCAAUUUGGUCGGGCGAAGUUUGGCGCAAAGAUCAUCGCCACCACCUAGCACACCGCCAGCAGUAAAACCGACGAGAUUAGAACCUUCGCCGGAGGAAACAACGGACCUCGAAGAGUUAGAACAGUUCGCCAAAACCUUCAAACAAAGACGGAUCAAGCUUGGUUUUACUCAAGGAGACGUCGGACUUGCCAUGGGCAAACUUUACGGCAACGAUUUUUCCCAAACUACGAUCUCCAGGUUUGAAGCACUGAAUCUUUCCUUCAAAAAUAUGUGCAAGCUGAAACCACUGUUACAAAAGUGGUUAGAGGAUGCCGAUAAUUCAUUGAACAAUCCUAACUCUCUGUCGAAUCCACUUACGACACCGGAAGCAAUUGGCAGGCGGCGGAAGAAGAGAACGUCGAUAGAGACCAGCGUAAGAGUGGCUCUCGAAAAGGCUUUUAUCCAAAACCCAAAACCCACGUCCGAGGAGAUAACCAUACUGGCGGAUAGUCUUGCGAUGGAGAAAGAAGUAGUUCGUGUGUGGUUUUGUAACAGGAGGCAGAAGGAAAAGAGGAUCAAUCCGCCAACAGCUGCAAUGGGCAGUCCAACAAUGACGUCGCCUGCACCUUCGGUAUUUGCUUCCCUCGCCAAUUCCAUCUCUGGCAGUCCUUUAGCGCUUACAACGCAUUCCUCCAGCGCUGGUCACUCGCAUCCUCAUCCAACACCCAUACCUCUCGCUUUAGUAACUUCGUCAGGCGGUAAUUAUCAUCCACUGAACAACAAGUCCCACGAGUGACACCAGCAAGUGACCCAUCAAGGGGACACUCUCUACCAUCAGCAUCAUCAGCAAUCACACCAACAGCAACAGCAUCAUCAUCAGCAACAAGCACGACGCUUGUGCAAUCUACCAGAAUUCUAUCAUUAGCCAUGAUUUGAUUUCUCGAAGCUAUUAAUCGAGGUAACGUUCGGAAUAUCGGACCUCAAUGAUCUCUAAGUCUGCCUAUUCUUUGUUUAUUGGCAUUGAGUUAAUUUAUUCAUUCGUGAUUUUCUCUUCAAUCCCGUUUUAUAUUUUAAUAUUUUGACUGUGAAAAGAAAGUCAAGAAUAGACAAGUUAACUCGGCAUUUAACUUUAACAACUAACUAGUAUCACUGAUGGGGCUAUCAAAUGGAAUUCGAUAAUAGCGUACAAGAAAUAAAAAAUUUAUGAAGAAAUCACAAGGAAAUCCAAAGAAGAUGUAAUCAAUUUUAUAGACAAUUGAGGAGUGAUUGAACGAGAGGGUGUAAAUUAAAUAAAAUACUAUAAAUAAGAGAAAUCUAAAUCCAUGUUGAUGAUUAAAUCAUCCGCAGUUGUAAGCAUUUAAAGGGUAUACGAAGACACGCUGCGUAUUACAUACAGUAUGAAUAUUAAUAUGCACUUUUAAGUAUACGGAAAAUUAAUAAUUAAUUCGGUUGAAUGCAUUAGUGUGCACUAAUUCACAUUAAAGACUGUUGUAAAAAAAUUGAUAAACACGUAAAUAUAAUAUACAUA